ACAUUUCUAAGGGUCCUGUCUACAACUGAACAGUUUAGAAGAGAGAAAAAGACAGAUUUAACAGACACACCUUCAUAACGGGAGAGAUGAACUGAUGCCUUUUCUUCUUCUGAGGUUCAGCUGAAGUCACUUGCCACAGAAAAUUAUCGCUCAGGACUGAUUUGAGGUCUGGCCCAGACAGAUAUACCAGAGGGAUUGUCCCGUGCGCGGAGCAUUAUGGCAGAGCCAGACUAUAUGGACGGUGAUAGCGAUGAACUCAUCAAGCCCAAGAAACUCCUCAACCCAGUGAAGUCUUCCAGAAAUCACCAGGACCUACACAGAGAGCUCCUUAUGAACCAGAAAAGGGGCCUUGCGCCGCAGAAUAAACCAGAACUCCAGAAAGUGAUGGAGAAGAGGAAGAGAGACCAGGUGUUGAAAGCUCAGAAAGAGGAGCAGGAGGCACACAAGAAAAGGUCAGACCUUGAGAUCGAGCUCAUGAAGAGACGAGAAACCCUCGAGCAGCUGGAAUUGGAGCAACAUAAAAACGAAGAGGAGCAAGAAAACACCCCAGAGUUUGUCAAAAUGAAAAGCAAUCUGAGAAGAACCAAACAGGAAGUGGAUGGGCAGGAGCGUGCCACCUAAAAACAGUUUCCAUGGCAUAUUUGUUGGGAAAUGGAUUGGUGUUUGUGGGGAUUUCCUGAUAUUCUUCCCCCAUGUGUCCCUAUAAAACAAGUGACUGUAGACGAACGGUUCCUGUUGCCUGCUCGCAGACACAACCAGUAUUCACGCAGCCUCUUUUCCUGAACAACGAUCACACUUAAAGAGGAUUGAAGAAUAAACGACACACAUACACACAAACUCUUGCACAUGGGCGCAGCCUCUUUGCCACUGGUUGACUGGCUUCAAAGAACAUGCAUGGCGGAACAAACAGAGACCACAUGGUUACUUUGUUGGGUAUUUUUUUAUUUUUUGGAAAAAAGGGGCACAUAUUAUUUUACUAUUUUACUUUAAAGACCUGAAAUGGGACACUGGAUGGACUCUUUUAAGCCAAAACAAUCCUCUUUUAUUUAUGUUCAGUGUAAGCUUUUGUUUGAAAGGGCUUCUCGAGACAUUUUCCUAUUGGUUGAUGUUUAAAGGAAACUAAAUAUAAAGUUCCAACAAUGCAAGUUGUGGUUGCAUCAUGCUUGCUUUUUAUGAAUUGUAAUGUUUGUGCGCUCCCUCUGCUAAAUUUCAUAAGCAAUACUAGUGCUAGUUUUGUGAGUUUUCUUUGCAAAUAUUUUUGUUACAACUUUUUUAAUUAAUAUGUUACUAAUAAGUUAAUACACUUUAGUUCAAUGUGAUAUUAAAUGCAAGUGCAUCUGUUUUCUUUUCACUCGAAUGGUAGUUGUUUUCAACCCAAAAAGUUGAAGGAGAACAUGAAAUGUUUAUUAAUGAAGAAAGACAUGUGGUUUUGUGUAGAUUUGAGCCAAUAAAUUACCACUCCUUGUGUUUCCUUAAAACCUUCUUUUAAUAAAUAUUAUUUUAUCAUGUUGAA